AUGGAACAUGCAAACUUGAAGAUCUUUCGUUUUGGACUCUGUACAAACUUCUGCAGUUUGGGCUUCAAAUAGAUCCUCCUGCAAAAGGAUGGAAUGUAAAUCCUGAAAACAACAAGUCCCUGUCAGAUGACCUAGAAAGAUGCCAUCAGUAUUUAGAGCAAAUUAAAAGUCCUCAUAUUUCUUACGAAAAAAUGUCUUUAAUGUGGAAUACUUUGUCAGAGGCCUUGCACCGCAUUAUCAGAGAAUGGGAAGAGAUCCACCUCAUAGUGAACGCCUUCAGAAAAAUGGUAUACUGGACAACAAAUAGUAAUACAACUACAGUAUUUAUGCCAGAGAAUAUAUUAGUUCAAAACCGAACCCUAAUAGAAGGAUGGAUUGAAGAUGAUCUUUUAUUUGAAGAAACAAGAGCAUCGAAAAGAGCAAAAGAAGCAAUAACAUCAAAACCAAUAUCAAUUUUCAUAGGUGGGCGGGGUUCUGGUAAAACUUUUUUGGCAAGACAUAUCGCACUUGAAUAUCAAUUGAAAGGAUGGGAAGUUGUUUCAGUAUCAUCCCCUGAGGAAAUAAGGAGGUAUGGAAAUAUGGACAAAAAGCAGAUGUUCAUUCAAGAUGAUGCUUUUGGUGUGUAUGGUAUAGAUCAGGCUGCAAUUAACAAGUUUGAAACUUGGAAAGAAGCAGUGUUAAAUAUUUUAAAGAAAGGUUCGAAAUACAUUAUAACUUGCCGGAAAACAAUUUUUCUUGCCAGUGAAAUAAAAUCAAAUUUGGAUGAGUACAAGUUCGACUUGGAGUCUGAUGAGCAUUGUUUAACAGAGGAUGAAAGAAAACGUCUCUUUGUACGCCACUGUGAAGAAAAGAAGGUAAAAGAAUCUGUGUAUAAAGAUGUUCAACUUCCACCACCUCCCUUCAUGCAUAUGUUUCCAUUGCUGUGUCACUUGUUUGCCUCAGUCCCACAGGAUGUUUCAUUUUUUAAUAAUCCUUGUACACAUUUGCUGGAAGAGUUCGGGAUGAUGUAUGAGCGAGAUUGCAAGAAAGUGGAUUAUACGUCAUUGGUUUUAUGUGCUGUAAAUGAAGGAAGUAUUUCUAUGGAAAAUUUUCCUGAUAAUGACAUUCGAAACGACAUUUUAGAUAGUUGUGGUUGUAAUUUGGGUACUUCAAAAAGAGAAGUAAUUGAUUCACUGGGACGAAUGCUUGGGACUUACACAAUAAAAGUAGGCGAACAAAUAUCAUUUUUACAUGAUGCCAUUGGAGAGGUAGCGGUUUGUCAUUUUGGAAAAAACAAUGUAAUUCAAGUCCUCAAGCACUUUUCAAUUACUUACAUUGUAAACAAUGUGUCCUUUUCGAAAAAGCCUGAGGAAGACUUAAAGUUUUUCAUGGAAGAAAGACAUUUCGAUUUACUUGCAGAAAGAAUAAUGGACGAUAUCAUAAAGGGAAAACUCUAUGAGAUUUUCACGAGCAACGUAUUUGACUAUGAUAAAUUUCGUACAAUAUUUGUCGAGAAAGUCAAAUGCAUGGACAUGCCAAAGUUUAUGAGGACUUUUAUUGAAAAAAUACCAGAAGAUCCAUCUUUUAAAGAGAAAAUAGACCUUGUGACAUCUAAAGCAGAAGUUCACAAGGCUUCUGAGAAUCGGAAACACUUGCUCAUUCAAGACACCUAUGUUGAAAAUCAGUCCGAGAACAGAUCCAUAAAAACUAUCAGCUGGUUGGUAUACUAUGCUCAUAUAGAGAUACUGCAAGCUGUAAUAAAUCGUGCAAAAGACGGUGUUUUAAACUUGCUUAUUGGGACUUCUUCAGAAGAAGAUGCGCGCCUUUUGAUUCUUGCUUGCUAUAGAGGAAGAAAAGAAAUCCUCCAAUUUUUGCUACCAUAUUGCCAGGAAAAUAGCAAGAACAUCUCCCCGCUUAAGAGCAACACAUCAGACACAAAUUUUCAUCGUUUUCUUACACCACUGACAGCAGCAGCUAGCUUAGGGGAAACCGAUUUGCUUCAGUGUAUGGUGGAUCUUAAGACAACUGCAGGUGGAAACCUUAAUUCUACUGAUGGAUGGGGUGAUACUCCACUGAUGGCAGCGGUCAGGGAAAACAAAUUGGAAACUGUCAAAUUUUUGAUUGAAAAACUUAAUGCUGACAUUAACUUCCAAGCAUCUGAUGAAGUAACAGCGUUGUAUAUUGCUUCAGAAAAGGGACAUGAGGAAAUAGUCGAUUAUCUUUGCACAAAGAAUGCUUUAAUUACAGAUAAAAAGAGUCCAAUUCACGUUGCAUAUAAGAAUAAGCACUACAACAUUAUACAAAAACUUGAGGAACAAAAAGUUAAAUUUUGAUGAAAGUGUUUAAAUAUUGACACCUUUGAUGGACCACACGCUUUAUCAACAUCGUUAUGGCUACAUAAACAAAACAGUACUUAGUGUUUAUGGAAUAUGUUUACUGGAGCCACAAACAAAAAUAACCUCAUUGUACCAAAAAUAGAAUAAUUUGCAAUAAGUUAUGACAUGUAUAUC